CCCACCCCUGCCGCCAUGGCAACAGCGAGCUCCUCGCGCGUGUACGUCGUGUCCGGCGGCGGCGGCGGCAGCGGCUCGACGACGACGGCGUCGGGCACGUCGCUGCCCGACCUGCUCAAGCGGCACGGCUCGAGCAACAAGCGCAAGAAGCGCAAGGCCGCCCUCUCGCGCGACGAGCAGCUCAGCCGCAUCGAGCUCAUCCAGGACUUUGAGUUUCCCGAGGCGAGCAACGUGAUCCGCAGCACACGCGACGGCCAGCACAUCGUCGCCACGGGCAUGUACAAGCCGCAGAUGCGCGUCUGGGAGUGCGAGCAGCUCAGCCUCAAGUUUGAGCGGCACACCGACGCCGAGAACAUCGACUUUAUCCUCUUGUCAGACGACUGGACCAAGUCACUGCAUCUGCAGACAGACCGGACGCUCGAGCUGCACGCACAAGGCGGCCACCACACGCGCCUGCGCAUCCCCAAGUUUGGUCGAGCGCUUGGCUACCACUUUCCCACAGCGACGGCGCUCGUGGGCGCCCGUGGGCGCGAGGUCUACAGGCUCAACCUGGACCAGGGGCGCUUCAUGGAGCCGUUCGUCCUGGGCGAGGGCAGCAGCUCCGGCGUGGUCACGGGCUGCAAUGCUGUUGACGUCAACCCGGCGCACGGCCUCAUCAGCCUCGGCACCGAGGGCACGGGUGUCGUCGAGCUGUGGGAUCCGCGUCUGCGGUCACGCGCCGGGAGUCUGGGCAUCACGGUGCCGAGCGUCCUCAACGCCUCGCUGCAGUCUGCCAAGCGGCGACUGCCGGGCGUGCUGACGGGGCAAGAAGACGAAGCCGCUCUCGGCGCGGCGCUCGAGGGCCUCAGCGUGUCGGCACUGAGCAGCGCCGAGGAUGGCCUGAACCUCGCUGUCGGCACCAGCACCGGCCACGUGCUGCUCUACGACCUGCGCAUGUCCAAGCCGUACGCAGAAAAGGACCAGGGCUUCGGCCUGCCGAUCAAGUCGCUCUCGUGGCCCGGCGACCGCGGCGCCGCCACGUCGCGGAGCGCACGCACCGAGGCGCACGAUGCGGUGCUCUCGGCCGACUCAAAGGUCAUCAAGGUGUGGAGCAAGGAGCAGCCCGAGGAGAACAUCGUCAGCAUCACGCCCGGCCCGAGCCUUGGCGAUCUCAACUGCGUGCACCACAUCCCGGGCUCCGGCCUCAUCGUCUCGACUGUCGAAGGCACACGCUGCGGCGCGUGGUACGUGCCGGCGCUGGGCCCAGCUCCGGCAUGGUGCUCCUUCCUCGACACGCUCACCGAUGAGAUCGACGACGAGCAGACGGGCUCCAAGAAGGGCGUGUACGAGGACUUCAAGUUCAUCGACAAGGCCGAGCUCGAGCUCCUGCAAAUGACGCACCUCAUCGGCACGGACCUGCUGCGGCCGUACAUGCACGGCUACUUUGUGUCUCUCCGCCUCUACGAGAAGGCACGCCUGCUUGCGAACCCCACUGCCUACGCCGACGCCCGCGAGCGCGCGAUCCAGGCACGCAUCGACAAGGCGGCCGAGUCGCGCAUCCGCGCUUCGCCAAAGGACCUGCAGCGCAUCCGGCGGGCCGAGAAGGAGCUCGAGGGCGUGCGCGUCAACCGCGAGCUGGCCGAGCGUGUCCGCCGCGAGACGGACCGCGAGGAGAAGAAGCGCGAGCGGCGCGCCGAGCGGGCCAAGGAGCUCGGCAAGGAUCCCGAGGCCGAAGAGGCGCUCGCUGCGCAGAAGGAGGCCGAGCGUGGCGACGGCAAGAAGAGCAAGAGCUCCGAGGCGGCCAACCUCCUCGCCGACGAUCGAUUCAAGGACCUCUUCACGAACCCGGAGUUCCAGAUCGACGACACGACGCGCGAGUUCGCCAUGCUCAACCCCAGCACGGCUGUGCGCGGCACUGGCAAGAAGACGGCCGUCGAAGAGCUCGACGAUGCGUCGGACCGCGAGUCCGUCGACCCGGAUCAGGAGAGCGACGCCGACAGCUCCGGCGACAGUUCCGACGAGGGAGACCUCGGACAGUUCGAUCCUCGUCAGCAUCAGGGCCAGCGGCGCAAGGACCUCGAGAAGGCGGCGGGCAUCCCGCAGCGAGACUACCGCAAGACUGGCGCCGGCGCCCGCCUGGUCGACGACGACGACGACGGCGACGCGCGCCCUGCUGUCUCCGCCGGGCGAGGCGCCAGCGGCAAGGCGCGCACCUUCCAGGAGCGCCUGCGUGCCAACGCCAGUGCUGGACGCGGCCGCGACGCCGCCGACGGCGACGAGGCGGGCGCCCGCGAGCUCACGUGGAACCCCUCGCGCGCCUCGGCAGAGAAGCGCGAAGCGCGGCCCGAUGCGGCGAAGAAGCGCCGCAAGGGCGAGGAGCAGUUCGGCGCUGGCCUGUCGCGCGGCGCCGGACGCGAGGAAGGCGUGGGCACCGAAGGCCUCGGCGAGGAGCAGCGCUCCGGACGCGUCAGACGCCGCGACCCCAACCGCUCGGCGAGCAAGAACACGAUGCGCCGCUAGGCGGCGCAGGGCGCAGCCCUCAUUCCCUAGACCCCACCUCAUCUGUACUUUACUUUACCAAGCAUGCAUCCAAUCACACGGCAC